AUAGGUGGAGAAAAAGGGAGGUGAUGAAAGUGAGUCGGGAGGUUUGUGGCAAGUGGUGGUCAGUCUCCUGGCGGCUCAGCUGUUAGUGGUAAAGCCGUCUGCUACGUCAAGUGAAUUUCCUUUUAUUUACAUUCUCACGUCAAGUGGUGUGUGUCAGGUAGCGAGGAGCUCCACCGCCCAGGCAGACGUCCACACUCUCCAGGUAAUUGUGGCAGGCAGUGACCGGCGCCUCUCAGUGUGAGGAAGGACGGUGAAGUUUGUCAUUGGCUGCGUGAAGACCAAUAGUGAAGGAUGACGGUGAAGGACGGUGGAGGCGUGUAAGAGGUCCCACUGGUGCAGCGAGAGGAAGGUUCUGUAUUACGGCAUGUGUGCUGGUGACGGAGUAAUGGCACACCCAGCAACUGUGGUGGUGAUCAAUGGUGGUGCCCCUUGUUGGUGCAGCAAGUGAGGCUGCUCAACCUCCUAUAUUUCAUUUAAUACAGUUCCUCUUGGUUGCUCACAUACUACUCUCAAAAUACAUAAAUUGGAAGAAAAUCAGCCAAACUACAAUUCUAUCACUUUCCUUUGGGUAGUGAAUGAAGACCUGGCAAAAUAUACAUUUAUAAAGAAGAUAGAGCUGUAUCGCAGUUUCUGCGUAAUAUAUAUCACGUUGGAAGUCCCAAAGAAUUCCAAAGGAAAUCCCUCGGCAAGACUGUGGAUCAGUCCUGCCAAGAAGACAAGGAAAAGGGCUGGUAGGUCAGACAAGCAAGAUAGCGAAAGCAUAGUAGCACCUUCUCAGAAGGCGCUUAAAUUUUUGGUUGAUUGGCUGAGCAAAAUCAGCGUGGUGGAGGUAAGCAAGCUUAGCGAGGCGAGGAGCACCCUGCCAGACGUCCCUAUGCCGCUCCUGAGCCCCCGGCCAAGUCCUAAGAUGGCCACGCCUGGCAAUUCUAAUCUUUUCUACACGGUGGAGGUGGGCGAUACACGCUUCACCAUCCUCAGGCGCUACACCAACCUCAAGCCUAUAGGUUCUGGUGCUCAGGGCAUUGUCUGCGCAGCGUACGACUCGGUCACCCAACAAAAUGUUGCCAUCAAAAAACUCUCGAGGCCCUUCCAGAACGUGACACAUGCUAAGCGGGCCUACAGGGAGUUCAAGCUAAUGAAGCUCGUCAACCACAAGAAUAUAAUUGGACUCUUAAAUGCCUUCACACCUCAAAAGUCUUUGGAUGAAUUUCAAGAUGUGUAUUUAGUAAUGGAAUUAAUGGAUGCUAACUUGUGUCAAGUUAUACAAAUGGACCUUGAUCAUGAACGCAUGUCGUAUUUACUGUACCAGAUGUUGUGUGGUAUCAAGCACCUUCACUCUGCUGGCAUCAUACACAGGGAUCUGAAGCCUAGCAAUAUUGUAGUAAAGUCUGACUGUACACUCAAGAUUUUGGAUUUUGGUUUGGCCCGAACAGCAGGAACAACGUUUAUGAUGACGCCUUACGUUGUGACCCGUUACUACAGAGCUCCUGAGGUUAUUUUAGGCAUGGGCUACACGGAAAAUGUAGACAUAUGGUCUGUUGGGUGCAUCAUGGGAGAAAUGAUACGAGGUGGUGUUCUUUUCCCGGGCACAGACCACAUCGAUCAAUGGAACAAAAUUAUCGAACAGCUGGGCACCCCAUCACAAGACUUCAUGUCAAGGUUACAACCAACAGUUCGCAAUUAUGUGGAAAACCGUCCUCGCUAUCCUGGAUAUUCCUUUGAUCGCCUUUUUCCUGAUGUCCUAUUUCCUGCUGAAUCAACGGAUCAUAAUCGGCUCAAAGCAAGUCAAGCACGAGAUCUGUUAUCGAGGAUGUUAGUAAUUGACCCCGAGCGGAGGAUAAGUGUUGACGAAGCACUCAUGCAUCCCUAUAUUAAUGUUUGGUAUGAUGAAGCUGAAGUUAAUGCUCCUGCACCGGGCCCAUACGACCACAGUGUUGAUGACCGUGAACAUACAGUAGAUCAGUGGAAAGAACUUAUCUACAAGGAAGUAAUGGACUAUGAGCUGGUUUAUAAUUCUCCAGGUGGUGCUGGGGCUGGUGCACGUGGACCAGCUACCACUCAUGCCCAUGCCCCACCUGCGCCACUAAUGCAACUGCAGAUGGUGACCAAGACCAACAUCGUCCCAAUCACAGAUAGGACUGCCCUCAACCGUCUUAGCAGUCCCUCCGCCCUAUGCCUGCCCUACCAGCUCACUCCUUUGUUGCACACAAUUCACAUUUGCUGCUGGCAAGAGACUGGUACCCAUCAAGAGUUUGAAAAUAUGGUUAGCUCACCAUUGCUUAACAUGAGAAUGAGAAUAUGAUGGAUUUUUGUUUGCAGUGUGUGAAUGGGCCAGUAUUUCUUGGUAGUUUGCUGUUUGAUUGAGGUCAACUAACAGCUGUGUGCAUCACCUGUUAGGAGUAACUGUCACUUCUUGUGACUGGGCAUUGCAGGUUUAUACUUGAAGCAACUGUACAGUAGCUGAAAUUCUUGUGCAGUUAUGUGACAUCUCUGAUCCCUCUUGUGCUUCUUGGCUGAGGCACAUCAUUCUGUGUAGUCCACAUCAUCUUCUGUGUCCAUUUUGUGUUGUCAGAGUGAGUGUGCGAGUGCAUGCAUCACAAGUUUGAAAAAUACAAUUCAAACCAUGAUGAUAUAGACAAAAAUAUGCAAUUUAGGUACUGUAAACUGUAGAUAAUUUCCUGCUUUCCUCAUCAACAUCGGAGAGAACCUGUGUACUUUCAGUGUUACCACUUACAAAAUAAGAUUUGUUUGCAAAAUGCAAUACAUUGAGUCCCUAUACCAAGUGAAAUACUGCAAGGAAUUACCAGUCUUGCUCAGCUUUUGUCAAUAUUGUCCAAUAAUUUCAUGGUUGUUAAAUAUUUCCCAUAAAGUUUGCAGAAAAUAUGCGGGGAAAUAUUUUUGCUGGUGGCUGCUAAAGAAAUAAAAGUAAGGCAUAUCAAGUAAUGAUUGUGUGAUGGUUGCUUAUUUACAAUAAGAAUUAUAAAACUUCUUUUAUUGAAAAGUUGUGCGAGGAGGUAUGUGUUGGGCUUGUGUUAAUCCAAGACAUUAAUGAAAUAUUUUGAGAUCUAUCCAUGUGAUAAAAGUAAAUUUUUGGUUUUAGUCCUUUUUAGCAUAGCAGUUCUUCCAUGGGUCUCAUAGGCAAGCAAUUUACAAAUGUACAGUUAUCUCGGUUUGUAUUUCGUGUACAGAUGAAAGUCUGUUGAUUUUUGUGAAGUGAAUUGUAAGGUAAAAAGCAACUUGAAAUUGUUUGCAUUGUUUAAGCAUCCAUUUUACCAUUUCAUAUUUAGGCAGAAUAUGACGUCCCAAACUCUGCCAAGAAUAUGCAGUCUCUCUCUCUUCACACCAUAGUAUCAUACCGUGUAGGGUUUUGAGAUGGAUGAGAACAGCCAGUAAGGGACAAAACUCCAGGUGAAUUCCCCAGUUAUUUUACCAUUCUAAUGAGUCCAGCCUCAGUAUCAUACAAAAUCAGAUUGUCUAACUUUUAAGCAUCAGCUUAAGAAGGCAAUAUUUUUUUUGUUUUUGGUUUUUUUACUGUAUCAAGUUUUGUUAUUGCUAGUGGAAAAUAACCCAGAGUUAUGUCUCUUACUGGAAUGGCUCAAGUCCGUCCACCACUCAGCUUGCAGAGGUGACAUUUGACUUGCAGGCACAGGGAUAGCUUGGCUCGUUUCUCUCCAUUCAGCAUAUGUGAAAGUUAUUACUUGGAUUAAUACUUAAGAGACAAUCUCAUUCAAGAAGCAAGUUUAAUUUGUUAAUAUAAUUUAUCUCAAAAGGAGCUUCAUGACUGAAAAAGCUGCAAAUUAAAGCAGCACAAUCUAUGGUAUAUAACAAAAGUAUUUAUCAUUUAGAUAAAUAGUUCACAAAAUUAUAGGUUUAAGCAUCUUGUUUUAUUUCCGUUUGAAUUUUCUGCCAAGCCUUCCCGGCAGCUUGCUGUAGCCAAGUGCAGCAACACCUCAUCGUCCCCCCCCCAUCAUGAAAGUGCUUCAAGAGUCCAACAAGUCCCAAAUAGCAUGAGUUUUCUGCAAGUACCCUUAUCUAGCCUAUAGUAUGCUAUAAAAGAUUGGGUUACCUUGUGCAGGUUUUCAAUAGUCUUUUAUUAAUUAUUUCACUUUUAUUAAGUCAUGAGCUGGUACUACUUGGCAAAUAUAUAUUGACACUUCAAAAACAUUGUUUAAAAAUCUUACACUUAACUAGCAAGUUCUGCUACAUGUAACAUAAAUCUGUAUAGCUCGGGAGUAUUAAAAUUCUGCAUAAAAGACAACAGAUGAGCCCAAACCUACUCGUCUCAUCUGGGCAAUAACAGAAUUACUGUACUGUGCUUGCACCGGUGUUUUUUCUGUGAUACACAAACAUCCACUGGACUACUUCUUACCAGUAAAGUUUAUAAUAAAUUAACAUGGAUGUUCUUUGAUGCACCAUCUUUUAAAACAAAAUAGAUUCCAAUUCAAAUUGCCAUGUUAUUUAAAAAGAUUUGAAUUCUGCCCCUUUAUAUGGCUUUCUUAGAAAUAUUGUUGACAGCAAUAAUGAUUUAGUUAGUUGUGUAAUAUUCAUACCAUGAGUUUCUUAAAUUCUUUAGAUUACAAUACACGAUAACACUUGCCUGAGUAAGAGUUCAGUAGUGGCACUUUCACGACCCUCAAUAUAUUAAUCUUGCUCAUUACCAGUUAUAUUAUCUAGAAAUAUGAAAUGGGAUUUUCCCCCAUAUUCACAUCAUAUUUAUUGUUUUUAAAUAAUUAUGUUCUAUAGUUUAUAGUACUUUGUGUCAAAAGACAUGAGCAUCUUAAUUGUAUGAGCAAAGUUAAUCUAUAAUUUCCUUCUUGUUGUACUGUGUAUAUAUUCAAGAAAUUUUAAUCAGUGAGCUUUGUAUUGUAACUUGUGAAGCAUGAUGCACUUUAUUAGGAAUCUGAACAAAAGAGCAAUUGUACUUUCAUUUAAAAAAUACAUUUACUUAUGUACACAAGAAUUUCCUUUAAUUAGACUUUCCAGUGUCAUGUUUGUGUACUGUAGAAUUUUCCAGAUGAUGGUACAGGCUCUUCUGUUACUCCCUGAGCUUUGAAAGUUCAUUCCUAUUCCAUAAUUUUGGGAAUGAAUCUUUAAUAUAUACAUUAAUAUGAAUAUUACAGUUCAUUAAUUAGUAAUGUUACUUAUCUGUUAAUAAUUUUAAUGUUUUUUAAAUUUUACUUCAUGUUCAAGAAUCCGUAGCUAGAUGCAAGUCUUAGUAACGUGGAUAUGAAACACACUUGGAUUGUAUCUUCAUCGAUGAAGAAAAUACAAUCAUGCUUAUUUAGUUUAUCAUUUAUUGUUGAAAAUGUCAACGCUAAUGUAUAAUAUUUGUAAAAGCAUAUCUUUAAAAAACAUGAAAUAAAUUAUGAAAUAUAAAUUUCUGUAAAACAUAGGAUGGGGUGGCGAGUGUCAAGCCGUCGGUGCUCGCCAAUAAUAUCACUCGUUGUUAUGUCUGUUGCACUCCACUUUUAUCCUUCCCACGGAGUGCAGGCUUAAGAUAUUCUUUAUAGGGUGAAUUAAUUCGAGUGAUGUUAUUCAUAGUGUGUGUGUGUGAGAGAAUGUACGCGCACGUGCAUGCUGGAAGACUGAAUUGUUUGUGACUAUUUUCAGUCUUUUGAAUUUUAAAUGAAAGUAAUAUGAAUGAUGUAGACAAUGUGAUGUAGUUUGAAUUCAGAUAAUGCAACAUUUACAAAAUAAAUGUGAAGCAAAACAUCCUUUCUGGAAUGAUUUAAAUGGAUUCGAACUAACUUUGUACAUUCCAGGUAAUGUUUGUUGAAAGUUCAUGUGCAGGCCACUGGUAGAAGUUUCUUUUGUAUGGUACGUCUGGAGGCCACCCCACCUGUAGAUGCUAAUGCAGCUAGCCCUGUGGCACUGGGAUACAUUAUUUAGAAUAUAAAUACAUUGUAUGCUAGCUCACCUAGGCUUUAGUAUAGGUUCACUAGUAUAACAUUUAGUGACAUUGUACAAAACAAGUGCUGGGUAUAGGCACUACUUAAUAUUUAUUCCAUCACCCAGGGUUGGUUGGAUCUUUGUUGGACUCACUAUUGUUUUUGUUAAAAUGAAUCCUUUUCAAUUCUUCAAACAUUUACAAGGGUGCUUGCAUGGGGAUAAAAAAAAAAGUAAAAAAAUAAAAAAUAAAAAAAGGGGGAGGGUUGAUAUUUAUGUUAUGGGUGUGGAAUUGGCCACUGGAAUGGUAGGCAUAACUAUACCUGUCCAUAUGAUGUUUCCUUAGUGCUCAAGAAGGAUGAAUAAACACCCUGUGUAUUUCUUGUAGAAAUUAGGAAUAUGCAGUGUUUCCAGAUCAUCCCAUUUAGGUGUUGACAUCGGCCACCACUUGUUACCCACCUCCACCCGCAGCUCUCGUGCUCAUUUGUGUCUGUACACAUCUGUGCGUGUGAGCAUGUGUACAUUGUGUGCAUGCAUGCACUGCAGUUACACAUGUGAAUGUUUAUGCAUGAAGUGCACUUGAUUGUAUGACUGGCCAUUGUACAGAGUAGUUGGUAUCAUACUACUGAGGAAGAUACUGAUUGGUGUUAAGUUUUAUGUCUGUUGACCUGUCUUUCCCUAUGGAUAUAACCCAGUUUCAACGUAAAGAAACCUCUUUGCUAGAGAGAACUUGACAGUAUUUCAUGGUGUUACAGAACAGUAGUUGCUAAGGCAGUCACCUUCAUCCAAUAACCUUGUGGUCUAUGAGCAAUAGUAGUUGUCCAGUAUGUCUGUUGCUGGCUUAUAUAGGCCCCAGAACCUGGCAGUAAUCCACAUAUUUAAAUAUUGUCCAGAUAAAAAGCAUGUGAAUCCCUGGCAAUGGGCUAUCCAUGGGAAAAUGCAGUUCUACCUGCUACACCUGUUUAACUCUCAACAUUUGUGCUUAGUCAGGACAAAUCAUCAUAACCUUUUGUAUAUAAAGCAACCCCAGUAGUGCAAACAAAAAUAAAACUAUCAAACAA